UCAAAAUUGUGGAACGGGGAUGAUCCGAAGCAUGAAACAAUUAUUUUUUUUCUCUUAAAAUAACAAAUGGUGCCUGCUACGAUGUGUUUAUAACUUAGACUUACGUUUAUUUGGUAAUUACUAUGUACAGUACCGGGUAAUUAAUAAACUACAUUUUAGAGGUUCAAAUGGAACAAAGGAAACGCCUCUUUGUAACUGUUGGUACAACAAAGUUUGAUUCUCUUAUUCGAGAGGUAAAUAGUGUACGACAGGAAAAAUUAAUUAAUAAUUAAUUAAUUAUUAUAAUAUUAUUAAUUUAUAAUAAAUUAAUAAUAGUAUAAUAAUGAUAUUAUUUUUUUAAAUUAUGUCAUUAGUCACUCAUUAGUGGGCAGUCCUAUUUUUUUGUAUACCGGUACACACUACAGAGGCCGAUAAUGACAAUUAAAGUUAUUUUUUUCUUGAUGGCCUUGAGUUUUUUAUUCUUUAUUAUUCCUACCUAAUGUUAUUUGACUUGAGGGUGAGCCACUGCCUCUGAAAAUCACCUUGGCGUCAUAUUUAUUUAUCCGUCUCUUAAAACAAAAUGUUAACAGUAUGACACAAACAGCUCUUGUAGUUUUCACAAGACUUUCAAUGCAAGAUAUCCUUGAAUCUAUACUAUAAAUUAUAAAAUAUUUAGUUUUCAAUCUAUUAUUUAAUAUAUCAUGUAUAUAGUCAAUAUAGUCUAUAAACUAUAAAUAUAAUAUAUCAGGUCAAUUUUGCUGAAUCUGCGGAUAUCAUUUUUAAAAUGGAUCCAGACACGCAUCGCCAGUAUUCGGACCCGGGUCCCUUUAGACUAAAUGCUAUUCGGAUGUCUUUUGUGGUAAUUCAUUUUAGUUAAAUUGAAAAAUUAAGUUUAUUAACAUAUAGUCCAUUCAAUUAUCUUUCAUUUGAUACCCAAUUUUGUGGUACAAACCCUACAAUAAUAUUUUAAUUUUUUUUAAUAAACCCAACCUCUCACUUCUGAUACCGGGUCCGAAUAGCCGCAGCCUUUCAUCAAAUGGGAUAGAAGGAAAAGCUGCCAUUUAAAAAAAUGUUUUUAUUGUUUGUGCAUUGACAUCAGAAACUUUAUGAAACACGGGUGAGUGGCGUCUUUUUGUCAAUCAAAACAUAGUUUGAAAUUUCUUCUUUUAAUAAAUGGCAACUAAUAUAUAUUAUAAUUAUAUUCCAAUCUGUUAAUCUACCAAGAUGAAAGAAGAAUAUAAGGCCCUCUGUUUAGUUUUUGAAAAAAUAAAUUAGCUUACUAUAAAAAAACAUCUUUGUGUAGACCUGAAAAUGAUUUUUAGCCCUUGUCUACAGAGUGGCUUCCCUGGUAUCCUUGCUUUUCAUGGCUUUUGGGAUAUUAGAGCAAAUAAUGAAAAUUUGGCAAAAAAUAAUUGUACUUCGAGGAAAAUAUGGUGGUCUGAGGAUAAAUGUAAUAAAUGAAGCUUUAGUAAUACAAAAUAGGAUCGGUCUACAACAAAUAUUUAUAAAUCUAGGUCAGCCUUAUGAUACAGUUUUUAAUGCUUUGAAUUAAAACAUUCGAAGCACAUUUAAUCACUGAGAAAUUGAAAGCUGGAAUUUGGAUGGUCCACUGAUCGGAAAAUGCAUAAAAAUCAAAAGACCUACUUUUCAUAAAAUAAACAAAUGAAAUUGAGUCAUCUUUCUGGCCUUUUCAUUUCUUGUGAAAAAAAAAAUUGCAAUCAAUGUCAGUUAGAUCAGUGUCCAGAUAACAUUAAGCAAAGAGUGGAGUGAAAGAUUUCACCAUGACAAAUGCAUGCAACGGCAGCCAGAUAUCACAUUAGUUGAAAAUCACACAUGAUGGAGAUUUUUGUUUGGAUCUUAUUCAGGAUUGUCCUGGAAGAAUCCUACCUUUAGGAAGUCUAAUGAAAUAAGCUUUAUUUGUGUAGAAUAAUACAAAGUCUUCAGUAAAUCUAUUUUGUCUGGUAUAAAAUAUGAACUUUUUUAUAUAAACACUUUUCUUUAAAUAAUAUAUAAUUUAUAAUGCUAAAUAAUGGCAUACGUGUACACUCAAAGUCUCAAAAACUAGAGGUGACGGGAAAACUGGUGCUAUUUUUGGAAUCAGCAGGUCUCAUAUCCCUAAAAUCAAGUCUAACAUUUAAGGUACCAAAGUUUGUGUUGGCCAGUGAUUAAAAAUAAUGGCCUAUUUGCUAACUAAAUAAAAUAUUAUAAAUAUUCAGUGGUGUAGCAAGGGUUAGUGCUGCCCAGGCGGGUGAAGCUUUGUGCUGUCCUCUUUCCAUGAAAAAACUCUGUCAUUAGCCAAAAAUGUCACCCCUCUCUUAAAAUUAAUGGAAAAAAGUGACGCCUCUGCACCCCCGUUCCUAUGUCACUGUAGGCCACUACUACUACUACCACUAGGCUUACUGUAGUUUUACUUUGAUUACUACCUCGAAGACCUUAUGUUGAGCCCAACAUCUAAGUAAAUAGCAAAAGACUUAGGUGGUGAAUAGCUUUUCUUAUUUCGGCACCACACUGUCCCAAAGCACAACCAUCGAUGAUGAGGUUAACCUCCAUAUUGCGAGAGCCAGUGCAACCUAUGGAAAAUUGACCUAGAAUGUAAGGACCAGGAGAUGUAUCAGCACUCAAACUAAAACUGAGAGCAUAUCAGGCGGCAUUUCUCCCUAUGCUUCUCUAUCCCUAUGAAACGUGGACGGCACACCAACGCCAUGCAAGAAUGCUGAACCACUUUCAUACAACAAGACUCCGAAAAAUCCUCAACAUUAAAUGGCAGGACAGGGUCCCAGACCCUGAGGUGUUCAUACAGGCAGGUCUCCCCAGCAUCUUUACCAUCUUAAUUAAGGGCUGAGCGGUACAGGUUGUGAGAAUGUCAGACGACCGUCUGCCCAAAAGAAUUUUCUAUGAGCUCGAACAAGGAAAGCGGUAUGCUGGCGGGCAGAAGAAAAGUUUUAAAGACAACCUUAAAGCCUCACCGAAAGCGUGCGACAUAAACAUGGGAGGAAAAAGCAAACGAUCGAACAUCUUGGCGUUCCACUUUACACAGGAGCUCCAUGCAACAUGCAGUUGGCAGAAAAGCGGCUGCAGAGCACAAGAGACAUGCCAGGAAUCCCCAGUCUGACUCUGCUCCCGGAGAUGCCCCAUUAUUCCCCUGCACCUGCUGCACAAGAAAAUUUCAUGCCGGAAUUGGCCUCAUCAGCCAUCUGCGCACCCACAGACAGAACUAGCGCAAAUCUGAUGAUUGAAGUGGUCAUGGUCGACUCCCGACUGACAAGUUGUUACUGGUUACUAGACAGGCCUAGCCUAGGCCUAAUUAAUAAUAGUUUAUAGGCUAUUGAAUGACAAAGUAUAGAGAAGCAAGGCCUACUACUACUACUACUUACUACUACUGGUAUUUUAUUAUUUAUUUUAAUGUAAUGCAAAGCACUUAGACUAAGUGGACUGCAACCUAACCUAUACAAAAGCUAGAUACUAGAUAUAAAUUCUGUAUAACAUAAUAUAUUGUUGUAUUUGCUUUGGUUUAGGUAAACUCAAUAAGUAAAUUGAUUUACAAUUAACCUUAGGCCUCCUGUCCUACAUUUACUUUAUCAUGAUCCUGGCGUUGUGGUGUUUACUUUAGUUUAUAACAGAAUUUUUCUUCUUAUAGUUACAAUUUAAAUUAAUCACUUUGAAUUCAGGUGUUUUCCAAUAUUCAUUUAUUCACAGAUUACAUCUAGCUCAGCACUUGCAACUUUAUCGAAGCAAGGCUUUUCUGAUGUAAAUUUACAGAUAGGAAGAGGAGAUUACGAACCAGAAGAGAUAAUAUGUGAUAAAGGAUACCCAAGAGUAAAAUAUUUUCGUCUUAAAGAUUCUAUAGCGGAGGAGAUUGCUGAAGCUAAUCUUAUUAUUUGCCAUGCAGGUGCUGGCAGUAUCAUGGAUUCAUUGGGUGCUGGGAAACCAGUGUUAGUUGUGAUAAAUGAAGAACUUAUGGGCAACCAUCAAACAGAGCUAGCAGAGAAACUGGCUUGCGAAGGCUAUCUGCAGUACUGUAAUGUUUCCAAAUUAGUAAAAUCUUUAGAAUCAUUGGACUUUACUUCACUAAGGCCUUUUCCGCCUGGAGAACCACAUAAAUUUGCAGAAUAUUUGGAUAAUGUCCUUGGAUUUAAAUAGACAUACACUGUACCAAAGAUUUCAAGAACUAUGAAAAAAAAAAUUAAGUGACAGGGAAUUAUUUAAAAUAAAUUUUUCUUUUUUAAUUAAUAGACAUAAGGUGAUUUGAAUCUGCUGUUACUAAUAAAAUAAUGCAAGAAAUGA